CCCCCUCCCAAAAAGAAUCACAGCUCGUAGGCUGUUGCUUCAGCUUGAUUCACCGUCACCACCAUGCCAGAAGCGCCUAAGCUCGUGCUGCCGCCAGCUGUGGUUCCGGAGGAGCACCGGCAAGCUCUCCAUUUCAUCGAAGAUGUGACCGCGAACGCCGACCUCGUCCAGCGCCGCGUGCUUGUGGAGAUCCUCUCGCAGAACGCCGCCGCCGAUUACUUGCACCGUCACGGCCUCUCCGGCCGAGCUGUCCCCGACCCCGACGCCUUCAAGCGCCUCGUCCCGGUCGUCACCUACGAAGAUCUCCAGCCCGACAUCCUCCGCAUCGCGCAUGGUGACACCUCCCCCAUCCUCUCCGGCCGCCCCAUCUCCGAAUUCCUCACCAGCUCCGGGACGUCGGGCGGCGAGCGGAAGCUGAUGCCGACGAUCGACGAUGAGCUCGACCGCCGCUCUCUACUCUACAGCUUGCUCAUGCCGGUGAUGAGCCAAUUCGUGCCUGGCCUCGACAAGGGCAAGGGAAUGUACCUGCUUUUCGUUAAGUCGGAGGCGCGGACUCCCGGUGGCCUCGUCGCCCGCCCCGUGCUCACCAGCUACUACAAGAGCCGCCACUUCCUCAGCCGGCCAUUUGACCCCUACAACGUCUACACCAGCCCGAACGAAGCCAUCCUCUGCUCGGACUCCUACCAGAGCAUGUACUCUCAGCUCCUCUGCGGCCUUAUUCAGCGAACCCAGGUGGUUCGCGUUGGCGCCGUCUUUGCAUCCGGCUUCAUCCGCGCCAUACGCUUCCUGGAGAAGCACUGGCCCAGCCUCUGCCGCGACAUCAGGACCGGCGAGCUCGACCCCGACAUCACCGACCGGGCCGUGCGCGAGGCGGUGGCGUGCGUGCUGCGCCCGGAUCCGGAGCUGGCGCUGCAGAUCGAGACCGAGUGCCGCAAGGGGUCGUGGCAGGGCAUCAUAUCCCGGUUGUGGCCCAACACCAAGUACGUCGACGUGAUUGUCACCGGUGCCAUGGCACAGUACAUCCCGACGCUUGAUUUCUACAGCGACUGCCUGCCGCUGACGUGCACGAUGUACGCGUCGUCGGAGUGCUACUUCGGGCUCAAUCUCGACCCCACGUGCACGCCCAGUGACGUCUCCUACACGUUGAUCCCCACCAUGGCCUACUUCGAGUUCCUCCCCAUCCAAAAAUGCAGCGACAACGGCGGUGUGGAGUUGGAUCACCACGACUUGGUCGACCUCGUCGACGUGAAGCUCGGCCAGGAGUACGAGCUCGUCGUCACUACCUACGCUGGGCUGUAUCGGUAUAGAAUCGGUGACGUGCUGAGGGUGGCGGGAUUCAAGAACAAGGCACCGCAAUUCAACUUCAUUCGGCGGAAGAAUGUGGCGUUGAGCAUCGAUUCCGACAAGACCGACGAGGUGGAGCUCCACGACGCAGUGGGUAACGCGGUGAACAACCUGGAGCCAUUUGGGACGUCGCUGGUGGAGUACACCAGCUACGCGGACACGUCGAGCAUCCCCGGCCACUACGUGCUGUUUUGGGAACUGCGUGCCGGUGGGACGCCGGUGCCACCCUCGGUGUUCGAGGACUGCGGCCUGACGGUGGAGGAGUCACUGAACAGCGUGUACCGGCAGGGGCGAGUGUGUGACAAGUCGAUCGGGCCGCUGGAGAUCCGCGUGGUGGCGGAAGGGACGUUCGACAAGCUAAUGGACUAUGCGCUGAGCCAGGGCGCCUCCAUCAACCAGUAUAAGGCGCCGCGGUGCGUGCGGGCAGGGCCGGUCGUCGACCUGCUGGAUGGGCGAGUGAAGUCCCGGUUCUUCAGCCCCAAGUGUCCCAAGUGGCGGCCGGGCCACAAGCAAUGGAACAUGGACGAUACUGGCAUCUAAUGCAAAUCGUCAUCAUCUAAUCGGAGAGUACAAGUCGGAGCAGUGGAUAUUAGCUUUUAGUCACAAUAGCCAGCGGUUAAAUGUAGAGAAAUAGGUGUCCUUAUUCUCCCUCCCUCAUUUUUCCUACUUCCUCUGCUAGUUUUUCUUUUUUGGUUCCCCUUUUGUCUUUUUCGCUUUUGGAGUUUUAGAUAGUAUACGAGUAGCUUCGCUAGGAGGUCAUCUCAGCUUUGUACAAACUACCACUCUCGAUCGAGGAAGGGAUGCCUUUCUCUCAAGUAAUGUUAUGAUGUUCUUGUAGAUUCAGAGCUUCCAUUUCAUGCCCACUCAGCGUUGGCAACUCUGAGAAGUCGUCAUGUCUUGGUUCAUGACCCCAAUCACAAA